AUGGUCUUCACCAUGAUCACUGCCGCCUGUCUGGCAGAGAUCUGCUCUGCCCUUCCGNCCGCUGGCUCGAUCUAUUUCUGGGCCGCAGAAGCUGGCGGUCCUAAAUAUGCUCGUCUGUUUGGCUUUAUUGUCGCAUGGUGGUCGUGCACGGCAUGGACAACUUUCGUGGCUUCUCUUGGUCAGAGUACCGCCAACUUCAUCCUGUCGGAGCUCCCAGUUUUCGGUGUAACCUCCGUCAUUACCGACGUUAGCGAUGUCAAGUUCCGCGCUGUGCAGUGGGCCGUCUCCGAAGCUAUCCUGUUCCUGGCCAUUGGCAUGAACUACCUCAACCCCAAGACCUACAAGUGGAUCUUCAGAAUUGCUACUGCCAUUAUUGUUCUUGACUUUGUCUUGAACAUCAUCUGGUUCCCUAUCGCAGUAUCUCAGACCUACGGAUUUCAGUCAGCCAAGUUUGCUUUUACAGCUACAGAAAACCUUACGGGUGCUCCACCGGUUUGGAACUGGAUGCUGUCUUACUAUGUUACUGCAGGUAUCCUGGUCGGAUUCGAAGCCUCAGGACACAUCUCUGAGGAGACUCAAAAUGCGAACGUUGUUGCCGCCAAGGGUAUUUUCACAUCUGCCCUGGUUUCUGCACUCAUGGGUUUCCCUAUGGUUAUCUUGUUCUUGUUCUGUUGCCCAGACCUCAGCAAGUUUAACUUCGACUAUCCUCAACCGUUCGUCGGUAUUUACGCCCAGGCCAUGGGCAGAGGUGGUCAGCUUGUGAUGAACAUUGUUUGCAUCCUUGGUCUCUUCUUCAACACCACUGUCAGUGGUGUCGCAUCAUCUCGUCUGAUCUGGGCUGUUGCACGUGAUGGUGUCUUACCAUUUUCGAGCUGGAUCUCUGCAGUCUCUGCAAACAAGGAGCCAAGAAACGCAGUCACUGUCAUGUUGGGCGUUGCUGCACUGCUUCUUUGCUCUAUUCUGCCCUCUGCUACCGCGUUCGCGUCGCUGGUCUCUGCUGCAGGUGUUCCCACCAUCACAGCCUAUGCUUUGAUUUGCUUCGGCCGCACUUUCUUGACACCAGGAGAGUUCAAGAAUGCCCCCUGGUCUCUUGGUCGCUGGUCCCGUCCCAUGAACUUCGUCGCUCUCAUCUGGAAUCUCUACCUGGCUGCAGUCUUGUUCUCCCCUCUCGAGUUCCCCGUUACUGGUGAAAACUUCAACUACUCUCCUGUCAUCUUUGGUGCAAUUACCAUCUUUGCUCUUCUUUCAUAUUGGUUCAUGCCCAAGGACAAGUGGCUGCCUGCAGCUCGUCUUGGUAAAGUCCAUGCGCUCGAGGAAGAGCUGAAUGCAACCAGGACUGGACGCAGCUCUAGUGUCUCGGGUCCGUCCAUCUAA